AUGACUGAGAGGGUAAACAGUGCCCGGAAAAUCAUCCGGCUGCUGAUUACCGCCAGCGCCCUGGUGCCUUCCGAGCCCGGAAACGUUGUGGACAGCCAGUCCCCCAGGCUGUUGGCAAAUCAGCUAAGAUGGGACCUGACUGCCGAACAGAUAGAAAACAUGGCUGCAGAGCUCACAGAGAGGACCAAGCUGGUGUACGACCGGGUGGGCUCCCAGGAGCAGGGCGAGGUGUCCUAUGAAAACACUCUCAAGGCACUGGCAGAUGUGGAAGUGGAAUAUACGGUGCAUCGGAACAUGCUGGACUUCCCCCAGCAUGUCUCUCCUUGCAAAGACAUCCGUGCAGCGAGCACCGAGGCUGACAAGAAGCUCUCGGAGUUCGACGUGGAGAUGAGCAUGAGGCAGGAUGUGUACCAGAGGAUUGUCUGGCUCCAGGAGAAAGCAGAGAGUGCUUCACUGAAGCCUGAAGCAAAGAGAUAUCUAGAGAGGCUGAUCAAAUUGGGUAAAAGAAACGGUCUCCAUCUCCCUGAGGAAACGCAGGAGAAAAUCAAAGCUAUUAAGAAAAAGCUGAGCGUCCUUUGCAUAGACUUCAACAAGAAUCUCAACGAAGACACCACCUACUUGCCCUUCUCGAAGGAGGAACUAGGGGGGCUCCCUGAGGACUUCCUGAACUCCCUGGAGAAGACGGAGGAUGGCAAGCUGAAAGUCACCUUGAAAUACCCGCAUUAUUUCCCUCUCCUGAAGAAGUGCUAUGUGCCUGAGACGAGGAGGAAGGUGGAGGAAAUGUUCAACUCCAGGUGCAAAGAGGAGAAUUGCUUGAUCCUCAAAGAGCUGGUGGACUUGCGGGCUCAGAAAGCCAGUCUGCUGGGCUUCAACACGCACGCGGACUUUGUGCUGGAGAUGAACAUGGCUAAAAGCAGCAAGACAGUGGCUACCUUCCUGGAUGAGCUGGCUGAGAAGCUGAAACCGCUCGGGGAGAAGGAACGGGCUGUGAUCCUGGACCUGAAAAAGAAAGAGUGCGAGAAGCGUGGCCUGGAGUUUGACAACCGCAUCAAUGCCUGGGACAUGCGCUAUUACAUGAACCAGGUGGAGGAGACUAAGUACAGCGUGGACCAGAAUCUGCUGAAGGAGUACUUCCCCAUGCAGGUGGUCACCACAGGCCUGCUGGCCAUCUACCAGGAGCUGCUGGGGCUCACCUUCCAUCUGGAAGAGAAGGCUCAGGUCUGGCACGAGGACGUCCAGCUCUACACAGUGAAGGACAUCUCCUCCGGGGAGACCAUCGGCAAAUUCUACCUGGACCUGUACCCACGGGAAGGGAAAUACGGGCACGCAGCCUGCUUUGGCCUGCAGCCAGGCUGCCUUUUGCCAGACUCCAGCCGGCAGAUCUCGGUGGCUGCCAUGGUGGCCAAUUUCACCAAGCCCACGCCGGAUGCACCUUCCCUGCUGCAGCACGAUGAGGUGGAAACCUACUUCCACGAAUUUGGGCAUGUUAUGCACCAGCUGUGCUCUCAGGCGGAGUUUGCCAUGUUCAGUGGGACACACGUGGAGCGGGACUUUGUCGAGGCACCGUCGCAGAUGCUGGAGAACUGGGUGUGGGAGAAGGAGCCGCUGCUGCGCAUGUCCAGGCACUAUAAAACUGGAAGCCCCAUUCCUGAUGAGCUGUUGGAGAAGCUCAUUAAAUCCCGGCAGGCAAACACAGGGCUCUUCAACUUGCGUCAGAUCGUCCUGGCUAAGGUGGACCAGGCGCUGCACACCCAGACGAAGGCCGACCCCGUGGAGGUGUUUGCCCGGCUGUGUGAAGAGGUGCUGGGCGUCCCUGCCACCCCAGGUACCAACAUGCCCGCUACGUUUGGCCACUUGGCUGGAGGCUACGAUGCCCAGUACUACGGCUACCUCUGGAGCGAAGUGUACUCCAUGGAUAUGUUCCACACGCGGUUCAAGCAGGAGGGAAUCAUGAACUGUAAGGUGGGCAUGGAUUACAGGAAUUGCAUCCUGCAUCCUGGCGGUUCCGUGGAUGCUUCCGACAUGUUGAGGAAGUUCCUGGGCCGCGACCCCAAGCAGGACGCCUUCCUGGCCAGCAAAGGACUGAAGGUGGAGAGCAACUCGCUGCCUUCGGCCUGCUGAGAAACUGCUCCGGUCCGUUUUGAGUCAAGCCAGCUCCUUCGUCUACGCACCAGUCCUCUCAGGCCAAGCAAUACCCGGUACUUCUGUCACCAAACGCAUCCUGGGCCAGUCCCUGCCUGGAGCUGUUCCUCCAGGAUCCUGCUCCGAGCUCACCCUGGGCUUCAGGAGCCGGGUUUAACCCUGGUCCAGGGCUCUGCGGUGACAGCUCUG